AUGGGCACUCACAGACAUUUAUUUUUUCUCUCCACACAGGUCAUUUUCUACGAGGACAGGAACUUCCAGGGUCGGCACUAUGAGUGCAGCACCGACUGUGCCGACCUGUCCCCUUACUUCAGCCGCUGUAACUCCAUCCGUGUGGAGAGUGACUGGUGGGUGGCGUACGAGAAACCAAACUACAUGGGGUACCAGUAUGUCCUGAACAGGGGGGAGUAUCCUGACUACCAGCGCUGGAUGGGAUUCAACGACAACAUCAGGUCCUGUCGCAGCUACCCACAUCAACGAGGUGGAAACUACAGGAUGAAGAUUUACGAGAGGCCUGACUUUGGAGGACAGAUGAUGGAAUUCAUGGACGACUGUCCCUCCGUUUACGAUCAUUUCCGUAACCGUGACAUUCACUCCUGCCACGUGAUGGAUGGUCACUGGAUCUUCUAUGAACAGCCCAACUACAAAGGCCGACAGUACUUCAUGAGACCUGGGGAGUACAGGAAAUACAAUGACUGGGGCGGAUACAACUCCACCAUUGGGUCUUUCAGGCGCAUGAGGGACUUCUAAUCUGCUAUUGCAUGGCACAAAUUUUACUUGUUAAAAUAUUUAUCAUCACAAUAAAACAUCUCUACUUCAACACUGUUUACAUCCGCAAAUUUAUUGAAAGUCUAAAGAUAGAUGGUCUCUCAUAAUGUCACCAUGUGUUGUUUAGUUUAGUUUAGUUUAGAGAUAGAGCGCAGAAACAGACCUGUUAGCGCUUCGAGUCCGCACCAACCAACAAUUAACACUAUUAACACUAUCCUACGCACAAUAGGGACAAUUUACAUUUAUACCAAGCCAACUAACCUACAAACCUGUACGUCUUUGGAGUAUGGUAGGAAACUGAAGAUCUCGCAGAACACGGAGAGAUGAUGUUUUGGUCCUUUUCUGCAGGGACUAGCAUCUACAGGUUAUGGGGAGAACGUGUGACCUCCAUACAGACAGCACCCGUAGUUGGGAUCGAACCCGGGACUCUGGCACUGUAAAGCAAUAAAUCUACUGCUAUGCCCCCAUGAUGCACCUUCAUUGUUCUUCAUUGUUUUCACUAAAAUGAGUAAUCAAAGGUACAAAAAUAUGUUUGGGCUAUUUAGAGGAAUCACACCAGAGCUGAUCUUGCCACAGUUUUGCAGCCACCUAUAAUAUAGAUAGACACAAAAUACAUAGGUCAAAAUACAGGCGACCAGGCAGCAUCUCUGGACAACAAGGAUGGGCGACAUUUAAGGUCGGGACCCUUGCACUUAUGAGCCCACCUUCUUAUGAGCCCACCUUCUUGGUCUUGGUCUUGGCCAAUAACAAAUAAACAAUUUGCAGAUUAAAACAAAUUAAUUUGCAGGUUAAAUUGAUUUGCGCCAGCCUUAAGUGCCUGUCCCACUGCGGCGACCUAAUUAGAGAGUUUAGAAGAGUUUACCCUUGACUCGUACUCGCAGCAUGGUCGACACGAGGUCCUAGGAGGUCUUUGUAACUUCCCUUCAUGCUCGCGAGUGGUCCCCGUGUACUCGAGGCCUCAGUUAGGUCGCGACGUUUUCUUUAGCAUGCUGAAAAAUGCCAGCGAGUAAAAAACGGUUGCCAUGGAAAAAAAUCUAUAUAUUUUUUACUCAUAGGUUUAGUUGUAGUAGGUCGUAGUAAGUCGGCAUGUUAGUCGUAGGUAAUCGAUGGUAGUCGUAGAUAGUCUUCAUCAUAGUCGAAGGAGGUUGAAGGAGGUUGAAGGAGGUCGUCUUCACUCUCCACUCUUCGGAGUCCAAUUUUCCCGAAGCUAGUCGAAGCUCGUCUUCAACAUAGUCGAAGGUAGUCGAAGGAAAUCGAAGGAGGUCGUCUACAUAUUCGUAGGAGGUUCUCUACAUAGUCGAGAAAGGUUGAAGGAGGUGUACUACUUCGGCGAUACAACAAAACCAUGACACUUUUUCAUACUCUCCUAAAUUCGUCUGCACUCGCAAAUUAGGUCCCUGCAGUGGGGCAGACCCUUUGAUGGCAUGUCCCACUAUGGCGACCCAUUGGCGAGUUUAGGAGACUGUUAUGGUCCUGUUGAAUCACCAAAAAGUUGGCAUUCUUUGGCUAUGUAGAAGACCUCCUUCAACCUCCUUCGACUAUGUAGAAGACCUCCUUCAACCUCCUUCGACUAUGUAGAAGACCUCCUACGACUGCAGAAGACUAGCUUCGACUAUUAACGAGCUAUUGAAAUGCGCAAAGGCGAUAUACUAAAGGGGCUGUCCCAAUGAGGCGACCUAACCCGCAAGUUCUGGCGAGUUUGCCCUAGACUCACAGUCGCAGCAUGGUCAACACAAGAUCCUAUGAGGUCUUUGUAACUUUCCUUCAUGCUCGAGAGCAGCCCCCACGUACUCGAGGCCUCAGCUAGGUUGCGGCGUAUUUUUCAAAAAUGUUGAAAAAUAUUUUUCAAAAUUGUGGAAAAAUGCCUGCAAAUAAAAAAAGGUCGCCUAGGAAACAAUCGAUACUUUUUUUACUCGUAGAUUUAGUAGAAGUAGGUCGGCAUGUUAGUCGUAGGUAAUCGAGGGUAGUCGAAGGUAGUCAUAGAUAGUCUUCAACAUAGUCAAAGGGAGGUCGAAUGGAGGUCGAAGGGAGGUCGUAGGAGAUCGAAGGAGGUCGUCUUCACUCUCCACUAUUCUGUGUCCAAUUUUCCCGAAGCUAGUCGACGCUAGUAGAGGCUAAUCUUCAACAUAGUCGAAGGAGGUCAAAGGAGGUCUUAAACAUGACAUUUUUUUUAACUCUCCUAAACUCGCCAAUUAGGUCGCUGCAAUGGGACAGCCCCAUUACACUAUAUACGAAUAUCUCGACUACCUUUAAAUACCUUUGAUUACCUUCGAUAACAUGCCGACCUACUACAACCUACUUCGACUAAACCUACGACUACAAAUAUAUCGAGUUUCUCCAUGCCGACCAAUUUUCGGUCACAGAAAUUUUUUCACCAUAAUGAGUAGUAACCACUAUGCGGGAACUACUCUCAACCAUGAAGGAGACUCACCAGAGACCCCCUACGACCACGGGUCGACCAUGUUGCGAGCUUGCAGCGAGCGCAGAGUCUCCUAAACUCACCAAUAAGGUCGCCAUAGUGGGACAGGCCCUUUACAGUUAUUGGAUUGAUUUGGCCUUUGCAAGCAUCAAGUAUUAUGCCAACCCAACAAUAGAUCAAUGCAGGAUAAAGCUUGCAUUCUGCUGCCCGUCUCACAGAAGCAACU